AGAAAAACCAAUGGCCACAAGGUACACGGACCGGGUCGGGAGAUAGGUGUGAAAUACGGGAGACUCCCGGGUAACACGUGAGUGUUUACCAGUGUCUACGUAGUGACUAUGAGCUCCCAGGUGGUGGGUGGGAGUAUGGAGAGCCUGUGUGCCCAUAUUCACAACCCCUCAGCGCUGCUUUCCUUGAGGGUGAUCCUUCAGCUGGGGCAGGCACAGCCUGCCACGCUGCUGGAGAAGCCUGGAAUCAGGCAUAACUUUUAUCGCUGCAUCUCCUUUAGGGUACCUCAUGUGGUCCUUGACACAGUGGCCACCCUCAGUGUCUAUGUGACAGGAGGGGUGAAGUCAAUGGCCAAGGAUACCAAGAUCUUCAUUACACCUGCCAGAUUAAUCACCCUUGUCCAGACAGACAAGCCCAUCUACAAACCGGGCCAAAGGGUUCUGUUUCGAGUCGUCUCACUAACUUCUGGUUUUGGGUCACAUGACCAGAUGUAUAAAACUGUGGAGAUUCAGGAUCCAAACUCCAACCGUAUCGCUCAGUGGCUGAACCAGCCAACAGUCAAUGCUAUCCUAGACCUCUCUCACCCCACAACCCCAGAGGCCGCUCAGGGCCGUUACAUCAUCACCGUCUGGAACGAGAAUGACGAGCAGACCUCCACUGGCUUCGACCUCAAAGAAUAUGUUCUGCCCAAGUACGAGGUCACGGUGUCUCUGCCCAGCGUCAUCACCAUCCAGGACACAGAGGUCACACUGCGGGUGUGUGGAAAGUACACGUAUGGGAAGCCAGUCCUGGGUUCCGUGACGGCAGAGGUCUGCAGGAAGUCGUACCAAUUUUCUCGCAGGCCCGGCGGAGGAGGCUCCGACAUCUGCGAGAAGUAUAACAUGGGUGUGACUGACCCGAGUGGAUGUGCAGCACAAGUGGUGAAUGUGACUUCAUUUGGGUUGUCCCAGUGGGGAUAUGAAGACCUGUUCAAGGUUCAGGCUGAGAUUGAAGAGAGCGGGACAGGGGUUGUCUUGAAGGGCAGUGGCAGUGCCACGUUCACCAGAAUCAUCAGACAGGUCACGUUUGAAGACGUCUCUGAUUAUUACAAGCCUGGCGUCCCCUACCAGGGCAAGAUCAAGAUGAUUAGACCAGACUCCUCUCCUGCUGCCAACGAGCUGGUCUUCUUGUUCCUGACUGCUGGUGGGUCUUUGGGCCCUGAUAACUGGGCCCUGACAACAGACAGCAAUGGCAUGGUGGUCUUCUCUCUGGUCACCACCUUGUGGACGGACAGUGUAUCUCUACAGGCUCGCUCUAGGCCGGAAGAAGACAUGUUUUUUGGACAGGAACGCAGGCCUGAAUACCCCCCAGCCUCCCACUACAUCACAGCCUUCUACUCCAAGAGCAAAAGCUCUGUGUCUCUCCAGUAUGCCAACCAGGUGUUCUCCUGUGAGGCUAAUCCUGCCAUACUCAUCACCUACAUCAUCAAGGGGAAUGAAGGGGAUGCAAAACAAAGGACUCUGGACUUCUUUUACAUGGUGAUGUCCAGAGGCAGUGUGAUGCGACAUGGGCGUAUCUCAGUGUCACUAAAGAAGAAAUCAGACAACCAAGGGAAUUUGCUUGUGCCGCUUCGGAACGUGGCUGAACUUUCCCCGGUUGCACAGGUGGUUGUGUACGCAAUCAUGCCCAGUGGAGUGGUGGUGGCCGACAGCCUGGACUUCCCCAUACAGCUCUGCCUCAAGAACAAGGUGUCUCUGCAGUUUGCGUCAUCCCAGGAACUGCCUGGAGAGGGAACAUCUUUCAGGCUGACGGCUCAUCCCGGCUCCCUUUGUUCCGUCAGGGCCAUCGACCAGUCUGUCCUGCUGCUGCAGCCUGAAGAGGAGCUCAGCAUCAAAUCUGUGUAUCGUCUACUCCCAGUCCAGAAGCUGUCAGGCUAUGUUUACAAUAUAGAAGAUGAUGAAUCAUCCUGUGAUUCUGCUGUAGAUGGGAGACGAUUCGGCUUCUUUUGGCUGCCUCGCAACGUGAACGACGUCUACACUGUCUUCAGAGCUAUUGGAAUGAAACUCCUGACUAACUCUGACGUGAAGAAGCCUGUCAACUGUGAUGAGUACCCUUGGCCUAUUAUGAUGGCCCGACAAGACAUCCCAAGCCCACCAGCCCUCGAAAAUGUCCAAGAUGAGAAUGUGCGAACGUAUUUCCCUGAGACCUGGAUCUGGGACCUGGUGCCUGUUGGAAACUCUGGCUCAGUGACGGUUCAGAAGACCGUACCUGACACCAUCACUAAGUGGGCUGCCGGUGCUUUCUGCGUGUCCUCUGUGGGUCUAGGGCUGGCUCCCAGUACGGCCCUCACGGCCUUCCAGCCCUUCUUCGUCAGUCUCACCUUACCGUACUCAGUCAUCCGCGGCGAAGUGUUUGUCCUCCGGGCCACUGUCUUCAACUACCUCACCAAGUGCAUCAUGGUGAAGGUGACACUGUCAGAAGCAGACCAUUUCUGCGUAACACCCUGUGGUGCCUUCCAGUUCCAGCUGUGUGUGUGUCCCGGCGAGAGCCAAACUCUCCGUUGGAUUAUCCACCCCACUGCCCUAGGGGAGCUGAGUGUGAAGGUGAGUGCAGAGGCUAUAAAGACCACGGAUCUCUGUGGUGAGGAGUUGCCCAUUGUUCCCGAGAGGGGUCGCAUUGACACGGUGAUCCAGACAUUGUUGGUGGAGGCUGAGGGCACCCAGGAGACUGUGAGCUACAACUUUCUGCUCUGCCCUGCAGACGGUGCAAAAGUGGAGAGCAUCUCUUUGCGGCUGCCCGCCGUGUUUGUGAUUGGAUCUGCAAAGGCAUCGCUCUCUGUCCUGGGUGACCUGCUGGGCCGAGCUUUGAAGAACCUGGACAGCCUUCUGGCCAUGCCCUCUGGCUGCGGGGAGCAGACCAUGCUUCAGUUUGCUCCCAACGUCUACAUCCUGGCGUACCUGCAGAGCACCCAUCAGCUGACGCCUCAGAUCAGGGACAGGGCCGUAGCCUUCCUGCAGGGUGGCUACCAGAAUGAGCUCACCUACAAACACAAGGAUGGCUCGUACAGCGCCUUUGGCGAAAGGGAUGGGUCUGGCAACACCUGGUUGACCACCUUCGUCAUGAAGUCUUUCGGAGGGGCGCAGCCCUUCAUGUUUAUCGACCCCGUCCACAUCACCAUGGCGAAAGAAUGGUUGGCCAGUCUGCAGCAGCCUGAUGGCUGCAUCAGCUCUGUGGGGAAACUCUUCCACAAUGACAUGCAGGGAGGGGUGAGCGAUGACGUGUCCCUGACUGCCUAUGUCACUGCUGCCUUUCUGGAGCUGGGACACAGCACCACUGACCCCAUGGUGACGAAAUGUCUGAUCUGCUUGCGGAGUGCUCUAGCGGUCCCACUGGACAACCUCUACACUGUUGCCCUGCUGUCUUACACCUUCACCCUGGCGGGGGACCAGGUCACACGGAGAAUGCUGGUUACACAACUGGACCAAGCCUCCAUCCUCGCAGAUGGUGCUCGUCACUGGGAGAGAGCUGCCACUCCUGGCAGUCGCCUGAACUCCAUCGAUGUGGAGAUGACCUCGUACGUGCUGCUUGCGCUUCUCUCUGGGCCGAUCAUGAACGACUUUGGAAUGGGAUACGCAGUCACCAUAGUCCACUGGCUAGUCAAGCAACAGAACUCCUAUGGAGGAUUCUCUUCCACACAAGACACUGUGGUGGCGCUACAAGCCUUGGCCCAGUACGCUGCUGCCACUUACAGUCCGGAAGGUUCCACUAGCGUGGUGGUGACCUCUGCCAGUGGCUGGAGAGGAGAGUUCACGGUGAACCAGCAGAACCGUCUGCUGUACCAGCAACAGCCACUACAGGAUGUUCCUGGAGAUUACACCAUCCGCGUUGAAGGGCAGAGCUGCGUGUUUAUCCAGAUCUCUCUCCAUUACAACAUCCCUCCUCGUGCAGAUUUCUCAAGCUUUACCUUGACUGUUGAGGUGGGAGGGUUAUGUAAACCCAAACCCUCCCUCAAGGUAGUGGUUACAGUCAGGUACAAUGGUCAAAGGAAGGAGACCAACAUGGUCAUUAUUGACUUUAAACUACUUUCUGGCUUUAUACUGGACAAGAGCUCACUCGAUGCUCUUAAGACUACAAAUACGGUAAAGCGUGUCGAUGAAAAGGAUGGGAAUGUGAUCAUCUAUGUAGAAAGGUUGAAGCAGAAGGAGCCCGUGUCCUUUGCCCUUGUCAUCCUGGAGGAUUUCAGUGUAAACAACCUCAGACCUGCAGUGGUCAAGGUCUACGACUACUACAAAACAAGUGAUGAGGCGGUUAUGGAGUACAGCUCUUCAUGUGUAUAGAUUCUACAUCUACACAGGUCAUGAUGUCAUCAAUCUGAGACAUCUGUAGACCCAGCUGCAUCGGUGCAAGUGGACCUACUUUGCCAUUGGCAGCUUUUAAGAGCCAACAUACAUCGAUUUUACAGUCUUUGUUGUUCCAGCAAUAAAACACUUUUGUGACGCAA